UGUGGUAUCUCGUGGGGCAUGCUCCCUUUCAGCGUCAGUAGCACCAGUCAACGUGGAGGAAUAAUAGGACCAGUAGGUGUUUGUCCAAGCUUGAGCGACGUGAAAUGAGAUUCAAGAUGAAGCUGAGUUGGAAUGAGUUCAGUUUUGAGAAGCGGGUGGUACCUGUAGAACCAACGGGCUCGUCGCACAUUCACCCAAGUUAUCUACUUACUUGUGUAAAACUAAAUAUGUCCCAGUCUCUGUGUGGGUUUUAACCCAGAUUAUCUUAACUAGAGAUGAGGGUCUGAUCACUUCGCUAAAGUUGCCAGUAUUUGUGCGUUCGCAAUAACAGCAAAAAAAAAAAAGUGCUUUAAAAAUGCAUCUUUACAGCUUCCUAUUUAGAAUUUUCAUGUGAUGCAUGAGGAAACUUUUUUUUUUAAACUAUCUAUUAAAGGUUUUUUGUGCUGUGAUGGAAUAAAAUAGAGUAAUUACAUUUAAUAUAAUUGUUAUUGGGAAUUAAAACUUUAUUUUUUGUAAAUUAAUAAAGAGUUAAUUUAAUAGCCUAGGGUCACAACACAUCGACAAAAUUAACACGACAAACUCUAAUAUGGCUGCCGGCAAAUCAUUCCAAACCAAAUGCAUACCAUAAAAUGCAUUAUACAAAUAUGAAAGUGUGCCCAAAUGUGAAACCUAAUUUUGUUUUUCAGCAUAAAGAUUUACAGAAUAGGUAAAUAUUUUUAAAGUUUAGUUCUGUAAGGUUUCCGUUUUGCUUUCCAUCGUGCGGCAAGACGUGCCGAAAUUAGAGAUAGAAUACUUCUUGUGGGCUGUCGGGGGGCGUAUUUUGUCAUGAUGACGUCAUGGCGACCUUGUAUUUCAUUGGCUACUGUGCGUGUUGGGCCUGUCAUGUUGUGUUCAUGGCAUUGUGACUUCAGCUUGAAUGUUAAUAUGUUUUGGAACUUGUUUCGGUCCUUGUUCAAUGAUGAGCUUGUCUGCUUCCCACGGAGUAUGAAUGCCACUGCGCUGGGAUCGCACGUCCCCUCGGCCAGGGAAGUCCCUUGAAGCCAGCUACUGUUCCUGCAUGUAACCUUGCAGGGUUACGUUUCCGGACGUGUGUUGUGGUGUAUCCUUCACCCGUGAAACUCAUAAUGGCAAGUGCGCGGACUGCGACUCGCGCGGGCCCAACCUCUGGCUGUGCCUGCACCGCGGCUGCUACAGGAUUGGCUGCGGCGAGGCGCAGAACGACCACAGCACCAUCCACAACAAGGCCAUGCGCAGCCACUGCAUCCACCUGAACAUGUCGACGCACCGGGCCUGGUGCUACCUGUGCGAGAUGGAGGUGUUCCUGGACCAAGGGGAGAGCGCCCCCUGCGUGCGGCCGGCCGCCUCGCGCUACAGCCCCCUGCCGCCCGCCAUGGGCGACUCUGCCGAGAGCUCCGGCAGCGAGGACAGUCGCGACGACAGCGGCAAGCCGCGCGGUCUGACCGGGCUGCAGAACAUCGGCAACACGUGCUACAUGAACUCGGCCCUGCAGGCGCUGUCCAACACCACGCCCCUCACCCAGUUCUUCUUGGACUGCGGCUCGGCCGUGGUGUCGCGUCUCGGCGACCGCAAGCCGGGGCUGUCCCGCAGCUACCUGCGCCUGGUGCAGGACAUGUGGCACCGCAAGAGGCCCGGCUACGUCGUCCCCUCGGGCAUCCUCUACGGCAUCAGGAACGUGCACCCCAUGUUCCGCGGCUACCAGCAGCACGACACGCAGGAGUUCCUGCGCUGCUUCAUGGACCAGCUGCACGAGGAGCUGAAGGAGCCGGCCGCGGACUGCCCCCGCGACAAGGGCGAGGCCCUGCGCUCCCACGAAGACUGCAAGCACGUGGUCGAAGAGUUGAGCGAGGAAGAGGACGUGGGCAGCGGGGGCGUGUCCAGCCAAUCGCAGUCUGAGGGAGAGUACGAAACCUGCGACUCGGGGGUCAGUGAACGAAGCUCUCUCAGCGAUGGGGAGAAGUCGAGACUCGGCAGCAAGCGAAAGCUGUCGCGGUCGCCGUCGCCGCCCCAGCAGGAGCGGGUGCGCUCCAAGAAGAGCCACGGCUGCCCCUCGUCGCAGAGCUCGCCGGUCCGCUCCUCCCGCAAGAAGCAGCUGCCCAAGUACCGCAGCAUCAUCUCCGACGUGUUCGACGGCAAGCUGCUCAGCUCCGUGCAGUGCCUUACCUGCGACCGGGUCUCGACGAGGGUGGAGACGUUCCAGGACCUGUCGCUGCCGAUACCCAGCCGAGACCACGUGAACAUGCUGCACCAGGGCUCCCUCACGCCGUCCAAGGGGGGGCUGUCCGCGUGCUCGGACGUGUACCCUGGCGACCAGGGUUGGGUGUCUUGGCUGUGGGAAUGGAUUCGGAGCUGGUUUUGGGGACCUACGAUAAGCCUGCAGGAUUGCUUAGCGGCUUUCUUUAGCGCUGACGAGCUCAAGGGGGACAAUAUGUACAGCUGUGAGAAGUGCAGCAAGCUGAGGAACGGCGUGAAGUACUCGAAGGUGCUGGAGCUGCCGGAGGUGCUGUGCAUCCACCUGAAGAGGUUCCGGCACGAGCUCAUGUUCAGCUCCAAGAUCAACAACUACGUCUCGUUCCCGCUGGAGGGUCUGGACAUGCGGCAGCACCUUCACAAGGACUGCGUCUCCCAGGUGACCAGCUACGACCUGGUCUCGGUGAUCUGCCACCACGGCACCGCGGGCGGAGGCCACUACACGUGCUACGCCCUCAACUGCGUCAGCGAGCAGUGGUUUGAGUUCGACGACCAGUACGUUACGCAGGUCUCCCCGGAGACCGUGCAGAACUGCGAGGCGUACGUUCUCUUCUACAAGAAGGCGUCGGAGAGGACGGCCAAGCUGCGGCAGCGGGCCGUGGAGCUGAUGGAGCUGUCCCAGCGCGAGCCGGGCCUCAUGCAGUUCUACGUGUCCAAGCAGUGGGUGAACAGGUUCAACACCUUCGCCGAGCCGGGCCCCAUCGACAACUCUGACUUCCUGUGCGUGCACGGGGGCGUGCACCCGUCCAAGGAGGCCUACGUCAACCAGCUGUGCACCAUCUUGUCGCAGGCCGUCUGGGAGUACCUGUACGACACGUUCGGGGGCGGGCCGGCCUGCAACCGGCUGUACGCCUGUGUGACGUGCCAGCAGGAGCAGGAGGCCCUGCAGCGCCGGAUCAGGCACGAGCUCGACGUCUUCCUGCAGCUCAGCAAGGAGUUCCAGGGGGAGGACAACCCGGCCGUGAUCUGCGUCAUAGCCAUGAGCUGGUUCCGCCAGUGGCAGAGCUUCGUGCGCGGCAAGGAGACGGAGCCGCCGGGAGCCAUCGACAACACCUCCGUCAUCAGCGUGAAGAACGGCCUGCCCGUUCUCAAGACUGGCUCGGACUACGGCCAGUUCUCGGAGGAGACGUGGAGGUUCUUCCACAGCAUCUACGGCGGGGGCCCGGAGCUGGUGCUGCGGCCCCCCUCGUCCCGGGGACAGGUCGGCCGGCCCCUGGCCCCAGCGCCCCCGCGAGACGCCCUCAAGGCCCGCAGCACAGAGAACAUCACCUGCGGGGACGUGCGGCCGAUGAGGACGCAGAGCGCGAGCUCGGACAACAUCAACCUGCGCGUGGCCGCCCAGCUGGCGUCGGGCCGCGGGCAGGAGGGGCGGGAGGGGCAGGAGGACGCGUCCCAGCACAGCACUUUGGUGCCGAGCGGCGAGGCUGGCUUCUUGCUGGCGCGAUUGGUGCGUGCAGGCGCGGGCAGCGUGGACAGCGGCACGUGUCUGGAGGAGGUGCAGGUGAGGAGUGCAGGCUCCGUGGACGCCCACGCCACCAACAUCCAGGUGGACGCCCGGGCCUCCCUCAGCUGAGCCAGGUCUUCAGGCUCAAGUCUGUGGAAAGGUGUUUGCUGAAAACAACGUAAGCAUUUAAAGAAAGUGUGAUUCUAAUGCAAACUAUAGAGAAGAUAAGUGAACAUUUUAUAAUUUUAUUUAGACUGUAAUAUUUAUUAGAGUGUGUAAUUGGAACACAUUUUAAAUUAUUGUGAAAUGAAUAAAGUUACAAAAGUAUUGGCAGCAAUAACUUAGUUGCGCGAUAGUGUACUUGUGAGAAUAUUUUCUUACACUUCAGAAUAUUUGAAAAUUUUUUCCUGUUCAUGUUUUUAUUGACAUACCAAAGAUACAAAAAAAAUGGACACGUGUGAGUUUUUGUGUGUACAUACAGUAUUGAUGCGUAAGUUACGUACGUGUAAAAGUGGAAAUUUGCAUCAGACCAUGUGUAGAAAAAUCUCAGGGUCUGGGUGGGUAAUUAAUUGAUUGUGAUACUGUAACUGUUGAAUUUACAAAGUUUAUGAAGAAAGUGUUUCAAAUGUUUAGGCUAGCAAAUUGAAACUACCUAUGACAGCUGUGCUGCGAUAUGAUUGGAUACCGGGAUGUCCUGCAAGGGAUGGUGCGGCCUGUCAGAAGAUGGACGUAGCGUCAAACAGUUUGUAGCAAAAUGUGGAGGUGACAAGUUGCCAAAGUUAGCGCUCAAAGCAUGAGUUUUCUUAGUAAAUUUCGAGCACUUAGUGUUUAUUUUCUUGAUAGUAAUCAAACGCAGGCCUCAAAAUAUGAAAUUAAAAAUUUCCGCUGUGUACAGUAUUUCAUGGUAUGUGUUUUGUAAUUCAUGACACUAUUUUUUCAUGUUAAAAAGUGCCAAUAUCAGAUUAAUGACAAACUUCAAGAUAGUCGUACAAGUUAGAGAAAUAUGUGUAAGCAUUACAAAAACAAAAUAGACCUUUUUAUCAAAUUUCUGUGUAUUAGAGCCUUUCUUUGCACAUGCUGAAAGAUAUUUGUCUGUGUUUAUGUAUCAUUGUUGUACUUUUGGGACCAGAGGAUAUUGUAAUGACAUUUGUUUUGCCAAAAUCUUGAUGCAUUAAAAUAAUAAAGAACAGUCUAUACUAAUGUUCUCAAUAAUUAUGUUAUUUGUGUAAUUGUACUCUAUUCUCUUAAAAAAAUAAUCUCCUACCUUAAUGUUAAUGUACCUGUCUUUGUUUUAUUUUUUUUUAACUAUCUCGAAACAACUUAUCAGUGAUGAGUAAAUCAAUUUUAUAGUACAUUAAAUUUAUCUCUUCAGAAUAAUUUUAACCGUCAAUAUAAAACCACCUUAGGGAAGCACACUAACAAAUAAAAAAGAAAAUUUUCUGUGAGGGUUUUCACUGUUCGUAACAUUAAUUAAUACACUUGGUGCUUUUGAAGUGCAAUUUAAAUGACUACUGUUAAAUUGUUAAAUUACAAGUAUACACAUGUAAUUUGGACUGUAGUGUUUUAACAAACUAAUUUUGCAACGUAUUUCAUGAGUUCAUUACCCAAUAAUCAGUUUUAUGUUUGUUUUUUUUUUUUUAAAUAUUUUUUUGCUAUUGGAUUUUUACUUGGAUUUUACUUUAUUUUGUGGUUUGAAAAACUCUCUGAAACAAAAGACAACUCACAAAAUUUUGAGUCUAAAGAGCACUGCCAUGCAACUUGACUUAAAUUGUGAAUGUCUCGUGAUGAUACAUUAUGAUUUAAAACUUGUCUACAUCUGCAGCAGUUAGAAUUGUGCCUGUUUAAAAGAUUAAAAUUCUUGGUGCUUUCAAAUUAAACACUAUAAUUUUCAAUUUAAAUUUUCACAGUCUAAACUGGAAAUUCGUCAUGGUGAUAACUCAACUGAAUAUGUAUUCACAUUUUAUUUUCAGUUUUAAAUGAGACCAUUUUAUAUUACGUUUAAGGAUAAAAACAAAGUGGGUAAAAACCAAAAUACAUUCAGUGUUAGCUUAUAUAGUUUUUAAUGUGUGAUACUCCAAGUUGAUGUGGUAUUAUUCAUACUCAGUCUUAUAGUAAUGUGGUGUACAUAGUUUUAAAUAUGAGGGUUGUUAGCUACUCUUUAGAUAGUUUAAUUGUGGCUCAAGGAAGUAGUAUUGUUUGGACCUGUGUAUAUAUGUUGUGACGUUGACACACACAGUAUAUCGAAGACUGUGUAAAUUUGAAUUUGUCUUUGUUAUUGUGCCGCUGUGGUAAUCGUUCCAUCAAGAUGAUGGUGUGUAUAGAUCAUAGUCAAAACAAGUACCUGUUUCUAGUUUUUAAAUUUUUUUUUUUUAAGUUAUACUUCUUUAGGCACGUUAUGAUAAAAUGAUGAGAGUGAAAUUUUAAGAUGCGCGCGCAUCACUGUAACACAAAAUUAACAGGUUGAAGCUGCCCGCUAAACCGCACAUUAAAUCUCGAAAAAAACCUACCAUCGAAAUAGAAAUAUAACCUCUGUUAGUCGCGCAUGUUGGCACGCUCGUCGCCUCUGAUCACUGUUUUCAUAUUUAUAAUAUUUAUUAUCCACAUGUUUCUAGUUUCUACAUUCAAAACACGUGUUGUAGUUUCAUACAAGUGCGAAUUAUAUAUGUGAUGAUAAAUUAUAUUCAGUAGUGAUUUAAAUAGAAUAUUUUGAUUAAUAUUAUUUACUAUUCGUAAAUAUGAGUAAAAAAAAAAUUGUGCUUAUAUACUUUUUCAAGUGCUCCAAUAUAAUUGAGGUUAACUAUCCAUUAGUGAUGUGCGAGUCUCGGCAUCAUCGAGAACGAGUCGAGACAGAAAUUUUCUCGAUCUCGUCUCGAGAUAAUUUUUUUGGCUUGGAAUUUUCGAGAAUUUUUGUAAACAAGAAAUAG